UGGCUCGAUGUUCAACAAUAACAAUGCCACAUCUUGUUUAAUUGACUGACACAAUGGUUUGAUUUAAUUGUGAAAGAAGCACCAAGACAAGAAAAAAAAAUUCCUUCUAUUCAUGGCUGAUAAGGAAGAGGAUGGAGUAACUCCAGAAAGUGACGGAGGUAAUGAAGUAACCGAAGCUACGCCUCCUGAUGUAGCAGUAAACGAAGAAGUUGCUCAAAAUCUGGAGCCCACUCCUGAAACACCUGAGGUAAACAAUGAGGAGGACAAGCCUCCAUCAAUGCCCACUGCUGUCAAGGAAAAGAAGAUCGAAGUAUUGCUGAAAGCUACGGGAGAUGCUCCAAUUAUGGCGAAAAAAAAAUGGGUUGUCAGUCCGGAACAGACUGUUGGGUGGAUAUCAGGAUUCAUAAAGAGAGCCAUCAAGUUGGGAGUUGAAGAGAGAUUGUUUUUGUACAUAAACCAAACUUUUGCACCAGCCCCAGACCAAACAGUAAAAAAUCUGUACGAGUGUUAUGGAUCCGAUGGUAAACUAAUCAUUCAUUACUGCAAGAGCCAAGCUUGGGGGUGAAUAUUACAGAGUUAUAUUAAUGCAAAAUAGGCCAAUUGCUGUUUCAAAAAGCAUCUUUCUCACUGGAGUGGGAUUCAAAGAUAAAAAACGUUAUGUUUAGUUACUUUCUUUUUGUUAUGUUUUUAAAAUUUUUUUCACACAAGUAGUUU